AUGGCAAGCAGCAACGCAAGCCUCCAACAACUACCCUCAGCUCCCUCAUCCCAAGCUUCGCCAGAUAUACCAGUGUUAAUAUCAACUGGCAGUACUCCAUCAACAUCAAAUCGACUAGUUGCCGAGUCGAUCUUUGAUUUCUUGUUCAUGGGAAUGGUUGAAACAUUCCAUCAAUCCCCUUCCGAAAUUGAAAAUGAUCGUGAAGCUGUAUAUUUCAAGCUCGAGUCGAUAGGGUAUCGUGUUGGACUCGCUAUGGCUGAAAGGUUUACGAAAGAUCGGCCACGCUUUAUUGAUAAUCUGGAUGCAGUCAAAUUCAUAUGUAAAGACUUUUGGAUUGCAAUAUUCAAGAAGCAGAUUGAUAAUCUGAAAACAAAUCAUCGGGGCGUGUAUGUCUUGUCAGAUAAUAAUUUUAGAUGGUUUUCAAGAAUGUCAACAGAUGGUACUGGUGUUGAUGCCAGUAGGCAAGCCUUUCCAUAUCUCGCAUUUCCAUGUGGACUGAUACGAGGCGCACUGGCUAAUUUAGGAGUUGCUAGUGUGGUGAUUGCCGAAGUUACUAUAUUGCCACAGUUGACAUUUCAAGUCAAAAUAUCAAAGUAG